UACGCUACCUUUACCUAAACAAAGAUGGCGGCGUGUGUCAUACGUCGGACGUUGCUGUCCAGUGUUAGCAAAUAUAGUAGAAAACACACAAUUAGGGUAUUAAAUGUAGAUUUAACCAGUAGACAUACUGGACCUAGUAUAUCCUGUUCUACAUGUGGAUUGUUCAGCGUUCAACAGAAACGCUUUAUGUCGUCAAGGCCAGAAGGGAAGGUUCUAGAAGCAGUUGGAGUGUUUGAGUCUCCUAAACAGCAGGGCAAAUAUGAGACAGGCCAGUUGUUCCUGCACAGUGUGUUUGGGUACAGGGGGAUUGUGCUGUUCCCCUGGCACGCUCGUCUGUACGACCGUGACGUAACUCCGCCUACAGCUGACAGCAGUAAGACGGAGACCCCAGGUGCUCACGGCUCCAAGGAGGUGAAGGGGAAGACCCAUACCUACUACCAGGUCCUGAUAGACACCAGGGACUGUCCACACAUUUCUCAGAGAUCCCAGACAGAGGCAGUGACGUUCCUGGCGAACCACGACGACAGCAGGGCCCUCUACGCCAUCCCAGGCCUGGACUAUGUGAGCCAUGAGGACAUCCUUCCGUAUAACUCAACUGAUCAGGUCCCCAUCCAGCACGAGCUGUUUGACAGGUUCCUGACGUCUGACGCAUCUAAAGUGCCUCCCUUCACCCCCAAGGACACCCUGAGGGCUUGGCAGGAGAAGAACCACCCCUGGCUGGAGCUGUCGGACGUCCACCGCGAGACGACCGACAACAUCCGCGUCACUGUCAUCCCCUUCUACAUGGGCAUGAGGGAGGCCCAGAACUCCAACGUGUAUUGGUGGCGCUACUGUAUCCGCUUGGAGAACCUGGGGGAGGAGGUGGUGCAGCUGAGAGAGAGGCACUGGAGGAUCUUCAGCCUGUCAGGAACCCUGGAGACCGUCAGAGGACGAGGGGUUGUGGGCCGUGAGCCCGUGUUGUCCAAAGAGCAGCCAGCCUUCCAGUACAGCAGCCAUGUUUCCCUGCAAGCACCCAGCGGACACAUGUGGGGCACGUUCACCUGCCAGCGCGCCAACGGGGGAGCCAUGUUUGAAGUGGCCAUCCCCUCCUUCUCCCUGGACAGCCACGGUCACCGGGACAGCCCGUACUCCUUCCUCUUCUGAGAGCAGGGUGGUCCUGGGGAGGUGGCGCACACACACAGGCUUCACUCUGGGGUCGCUGGCGUUCUCACGGCAGCGUGACUUUACCGACCUGUCUGCACUGCCUGGACGUGGUCGUCAAUGUGGUGCUACGUGCUGAAAGGUUAUAGUGAAGGAGUUGUGAAACAGCUGUGCGCCGAUUGGUCUAACGCCUUGGUACGGACUCAAAAGUUACAAUUUCUCAAGCACAGUAUGUCCUGGUCGCAUAAAUAAGUCUUUCAUUCACUCUCUGUCAGGGGUCUAUACUUUAUAGAGGCCAUUUACACAGAAAUACCCCCUUUUUAAGUGCUUGUCUGGCUUUUAUUUCAGUCCUGGCGGAUAAAAAGCUGGUAAAUACCCAUACAGCACCCUGCGGACGUCAUGAAAUGAUGCAUUGUAGGAAAUUAUUGUGUAGAAGAAUUUUUUUUCGUAAGGUUGAAAAAGCAAGUAUUUUUAAAGACGUGUAGAAUAAUCGAGGGCCCUGUAAGAGAGCCGUUUGUUAUUGUUGAAUUGCAGCAUUGAACCCUGCCAAGUCAAGAAUCUUACUUGUGUGGCGAAGGUCUUAUUUUAGGAUGAUAUAACCUUAUUUCAAAUGUGAAUUCUCCUUUCAGACUGUUGUGAUGCACUUAAUUUUGCCCUUCGCUGUUUUUUAGUUCCUGUUCUCACUGAAAAGGCCAAGGCCAUUUCUGAACAAGGACAAGUAUUUGUUGCCACUCAAACACACUGCAACCUACCUCAGAUACAAACUGUGACGGUCAGAUCAAGACAGUUCUGCCUCACUACUCUCUCCCCCACUCUCUGUUUCUCCCUCCCUCUCUUUCUCUCUGUCUCACCCAGUGGUGGUUCUAGACCCUUUCAACUACGAGGGCCAAUCUGGGGCCAGUUGUACUGUUACAGGGGCCAGUUACAUUAAACAUGAAUGGUGUCAUGUAGUUUUUGUCACUGCAUUGCAGGCAUUAACAGGCAAAAGACCAUGUGUAUAAUGAUUCAGACUGAACAUUUAGGGGGUCACAAGCGGGUCCAAGCUUGUUGUCACAGGGGAACUGCGCCACAUUCUGAAUGUAUAUCUUUGCAGUGUAAAUAACCACGUGGAACCAUUCAAAGCAAGUAUAAAUAUUCAAAUUGAUGCACAAAGAGAACCCUCUGGUUCACACGGUUAAUAAUGUGGGUGGAACUCUUCAGUUUCCCAGUCUGGAUAUCUGUCCUAGAACACGAUAAAUAAACAGUCGUUCUGUGACUAACAAACAAGCAGUUCCUUCAUGUCUCAUGUUUAUUCAUCUACAAGUUGCGUAAAAAUGGGAUUGCAGAUAUUAGCCUACUGAUGAGUUGGUUCAGUGAAGCAGGACCGACCGUGGGCCAGGUUGAGUAUUCAGUGUUAGUUGGUAAUGAACUGGUUGACGCAGAGAGUGAUAUGCAGUGGGCCAGGGUUGCUCUGAUGCUGCACGACAGAAAUAUAUACAUGGAAUAUAUGACAUUAAGCUUGAGGGGUUUGUAGUAGCCUUGAUUACAGCUCCUUGUUUGAAGUGAUCACCAUACAGUUACCAAAAUUCACAAUAUAACGGUUGUUUCUUCAUGUUUGCUUUAAUAAGACACAUCCCCCUUGUGUUGGAGCUUCUUGUUCCCAACACCCUGCUCCCCCGACCUCCGUCUC